UCUGAUCCCCAUUCAUCCUUUGCGAACAUGUUCACUCCAGAACAGUUCACAAAAGUGAUGUCCCAACUGGGUAACUUUUCCCAGUUGGGACAAAUGUUCCAACCCGGGAACGUUGCAAUGCUUCAAGCACUUCAAGCCAAUGGAGCAUCCUCCACUCCAUCACUGUUCCCUGCAAUGCCUUCAGUUAUUCCAUCGUUAGCUGCUCCAUCAUCACCGACUACCUCGAACUUGACUGCUGACCAGAUUGUGAAGACAUGUGAGCAACUUGAAACUGAUGGAGAUGUCGAUGGACUUUUCCGAUUCAUGUGCACAAUCCCUCCACAAAAAACUCAAGAGGUUGCUGGAAAUGAAGCCUUUCUUAGAGCCCGAGCCCUCGUCUGCUUCCAUGCAAGUCACUUCCGCGAGCUCUACGCCAUUUUGGAAAACAACAAAUUCUCUCCAAAAUACCAUCCGAAGCUUCAGGAAAUGUGGCAUGAAGCUCACUACCGUGAACAGGAGAAGAAUCGUGGAAAAUCUCUUUGUGCAGUCGACAAAUAUCGUGUUCGCAAGAAGUACCCAAUGCCAAGAACAAUCUGGGAUGGAGAGCAAAAGACACAUUGCUUCAAGGAGAGAACAAGAUCACUUUUGAGAGAAUGGUAUCUCAAGGAUCCAUAUCCAAAUCCACCAAAAAAGAAGGAACUCGCAAAUGCAACAGGUCUCACACAGAUGCAAGUUGGAAAUUGGUUUAAAAACAGGAGGCAACGAGAUCGGGCAGCAGCUGCAAAAAAUAAGCAAAACAUCAUCGGAGUGGAAUUGAAGAAAACAUCGUCCGACAUGUCAGAUUCAGAUGAUGAUUUUGAGGAUUCAAUGACUGAUUCUCCAAGCCCAAUUGAUGAACCGAAAGAUCUCAGCAAAAGUCAUAUUCCAAAGCUCUCACCAACACUCUUACCUAAAAUGGCGACUCCAUUCGAUAUGUUCGCAGCUGCAGCAAAUCCAUUGAUGAUGUUGAACUUGAAUCCAGCUCUCUACAUGCAAUUCCACAACUUUUUCAACACAAUGAGGAACCCACAAAUUGACGAAGAAGAAAAUAGCGAGACAACGGUUGAAGUUGAAGCUGAUAUUGAGCCACCGAAGAAACGAUCAAAAUUGAGUAUUGAUGAGAUUUUGAAUAUCAAAUCAGAAGUGUCCCCUUCACAAUGCUCACCCUGCUCCAAUGAAUCACUUUCUCCAAAGCGAGCGGUAAAGACAGAAGAAGUGAAAAAAGAGGAUGAUGAGGCUGCUGAAGAAGAUUCUCGAAGUGUGAAGAGUGAAACAUCAGAAGAUCCAAAACAUUCAUCACCAAAGUCAACGACAUCUCAAUCUGAGUAACUCUUCCUAGAAAAUUGUAAUUAUUUUUGUAGUUAUAUAUACACUUUUUGAAACUUUUUAUUAUUAUUUUCCUCGCAUGGAACGUUUUCCAAUUUUUCUUGAUUCCGGAAAACAAUCAAAUCUCAGUUCAGAAACGUUCAUGUCAAAGAACAAACUCACAAACGUUCCCAUCUUUUCAGUCCAAUGUUCGUCUCAAAUCCGGUACCAUAUUUUCAUACUUAGUUGUACUUUUUUGAGCUUUUCCUUCUUCACUUCCUCCCGCAUUUGCCACUCACUUUGAACCUCAAAUUCUGAUUUCUUCUAUUCUUUUUUGUCCACAAUCUUCAGAUGAUUGCUACACCGCUUUGAUGCAUUCCCUCUAAAAAUAGCUUUAGCGGCGUUUGAGCAUUCAUCUGCUAGACCCUUCUUACCCAAAUGUAUUAUUUUUUUUUCAUUCAUUCGUUCAAAUAUUUAAGAAAUAAUUAUCUAUGAUCAUUAUUUCCAAAAACUCAGAUCUAAUAAAUAGUAUUCAAUAU